AUGUCUUCAGGACUGGACUUGAGCGAUCUCGGCGGGCUGAAUAUCACAUUCUGCCCCACGCCGUUCGUUGCUGAAUCAGAUUUUCCCAAUACGGGUGGCUAUCUUGGAGGGCGGUAUUGCGGGAAGCUGUCUCCCACAUUAUCAUGUUGUUUGCCAUGUCCUCUGGAAAACUUGGUUUACACGGACAACUUCCUCCACUUGAUGGAUGCUUCGCAUUGGCUCAAUAUCCCGAGUCUGGCGUUGCAAUGCCUUCUGCUCAUCACUUUCCUCGUCUUGCCGGCGGAUGUUGGGCAUCGGAAUUACCUUGGUCUUGGACUGUGCAUAUCGAUCAUCAUGGUUCAGCUCGGCUUCCUCAUCCCACUAGGCACUAAACCCGAUAUGUGUCACGACACAAUUACACCGAACGAUAUGCGCUCUUCCAUGUCUUGCGCCUGGACUGGUGCGUUCCUCGUCACAGGAGCCAUGGCUUGUGCUGUCUGGGUUAUGCUGCGAUCACUCUGGACACAUCUUCGCAUUUGCUGGGACUUCCAACACCAAAAGACGUUCUUCUGGGUCGCUCAGGCUGUUGGCUGGGGUUUGCCACUCUUAUUCCUCACCUUGACUUUACCGAUCACCGGCGUCAGCUAUCGGCUUGGACCAAGUUGCGUGCCUAACCAGAAGAAUUCUUUCCUGACGUGGUUCGGCUGGCUGAUCGCUUUCGGAUGCAUCGCUGCUUUGCUCACGACGAGCACUACAAUUUUCUGCCUCUGGGUGUACUUAAAAGAUCUUGGAAAACAUAGUCGGAGCGGGAAGGGACACUCGACGACUGAACAGAGUCGUACCGGCGAUGAAAGCGUUGCACCGAACAUGGAAUCCGGCUGGGAAAGUCGAAACAGCACGAGGAGACUAGCCUGGACACGCGUGAAGAAAGUUCUGCUGAUGCAAUGGAGAAGCAUGCUCCUAUCGACACUCGUCAUCGUCAUGGUCAUGUACUACGGCACAGUUUUCGUCAAGCAAACCAACACAAGUCUCGACGCAGAGAGCCCGGCAAAGAGAGAAGGACUGACCAAUUGGGCCAUCUGCAUGGUCUUGAACUCUGGCGACAAGAGCAAAUGCGAUGCUUUAUCGAAGAUCUUAGGGCUUGAUGAGGACGCUGUAAUCGCAGCUUGGUUCAUCGCAGGGCUCGUGGGAACUUUCACUUUUCUUCUCAUGUUCCGCCGGUCGAUGAUCGGAGGCUGGUGGUUCCUGAUCCGGCAUCCACGCUCAUGGGGUCGUACAGAAAGUGUUGGUCAUGAAGACUUCUUUAUCAUCGAUCCUAAAUCCCGGAACCAGACGAGCCUUACCGCAGAUGGAACUAAACGCAUGUCAUUUGGCAAACAACUCCAAUCAGAGAAAGAAUUCGCCAACAUCGACGCAAUCGACGAGGAAGACGCCGAAAAUGAAUCUCUCAAUGAGAUCGAACCUUUCCCACAUUCGUCGAACCGAACGCAUGCUCCCCAUGGCGUACCGUCAAUGCUAUCCCCCGUCUCACCAAUCUCACCUGCUCUAGCAAACUCUUAUCCGCGGCAUGUAAUGCAUAGCGGAAAUGCGACUCCUGUGUCUGGCAUUUUACCCGAUAUUACAGAAACACCGAGGCGCCAUGUGGCAGAUAGCAAGACCGACAGUGCGAUUUUGGGAGGUCCGCAGGCUCGCUGGUCAGAUAGCACGACUUCUGAGGUGGAAUAUGAAGCUGGGGAUGUUAGUAGGAGACACGAAACAACCAAUUUGUUCGAUGUGAGACAUGGAGAGGAGGAUCAUGAUGGGGAGAUUGAUGAUUCGAGUGCUGUGAGGAAGAGAAAUGCGAAGUUGGAUAAUAUGUUCUAG